GGCUGUACGCCGCCGUCCGCGUGAUAAAGCGCCGGCGCCUUCUCGCGUUGCCACCCGAAGUUUCCAGACACGAGCCGACUAAUCGAAGCGCUCCUUCCUCCUCCCCCCUCGAGCUCCCGACUGAUCCGGCCUCGUUUGCGAUCAACAUGAGAAGGGGCUACAGUUACAGUCCUUCGCCACCAAGGGGUUACAGGAGAAGGGCUCGCAGCCCAAGCCCCCAUGAUCAUUACAGUGGCCGUGGCAGAGAUCUCCCAACCAGUCUUUUGGUCAGGAAUCUCCGUCGGGAUUGCAGGCCAGAAGACCUUCGCCGCCCAUUCGGACAGUUUGGCCGACUUAAAGAUAUAUAUCUGCCAAGAGAUUAUUACACUGGGGAGCCCCGAGGAUUUGGUUUUGUGCAGUAUUAUGAUCCAGAAGAUGCUGCUGAUGCAAAGUACUAUAUGGAUGGGCAGCUAGUUCUUGGCAGGCAAAUAGCUGUUGUAUUUGCAGAGGAGAAUAGGAAGAGGCCUCAAGAGAUGAGAGCUAGGGACAGAGUCAGGGGCCGUUCUUAUGAUCGGAGGUACUCUCGCUCUAGGUCCCCUCCUUAUUCUAGGGGCCGUUCUCCUUCCCGCAGCUACUCAAGGUCUCCUUCACCUCCAAAUCCCAAACACAGGCUCAGGGAGAGGUCCUACUCCCGCUCACCUGUUGACAGCAGAUCGAGAAGCGGGAGCCCCUACGAGGAGGGAUACCGCAGAUCCUCACGAAGAGAGAGGUCUCUCUCUGUUACCGGAUGAAGUAGUGUGUUAUGAUCUAGAGCUACCGCUAUGAGUGAGCUCAUGGUACUUGCCUUGUCUUUCUGAACAAUACGGUGUGUGGUGCAUUCUAGAGUAUCAUUCCCAGUAGUAUCGACAAGCUAGCUAUGCUCUAUUGUUACUUCUUCAGAGUACACUCUACCUGGAGGAUUCAGAAUGCAGGUAUAUUGAUUCGGAGUACGGAGCUGCUGCGUUCAGGUCAGCAGUUCCGAAGUGAACACACCCUGUCGUGUGACUGCGUCGGGUAAAACAGGAAGGUGUCUGGUAUGAAUAAAGUUGGUUGGAUUGUGAUAGCUCA